UCUUAUUGUUUUAUUUGCAUGAACCGUUCUUGGGAAAUGUCUUUGCAAGAAUUCCCUAAAUAACAAACUUUUGCAAUAAUUUUCGCCACUAUAUUUAUAAGUUUAAUUUAAUUACUUAACCGCCAAGAAGUUAAGCGCCCCGUAAUCUUUCAGUAAUACAAGUCACAUCCAAAUUUACGUUUUCUUAGUUUGUGUCUGUUUUAUUUAAUGAAGGAAUAAAGAAAUCUAAUUUAACCUAUUAAUAUCAGGAUCAAUAAAUUCGGUUGCUGUCUUUAAAAUACUCUCUCAGUCACUAACUAUUCAUUUUAACGAUAUGAAAGAGAAAAAUAAGUUAUACUGACAAUUAAUUACGUUGAAUAUGACAUUUAGUCAGUCAUCAUUAAAAUAAAUUUACCAUAACCAGCACUUGGAAAUAGGAAGUGAAACCUACAAAUAAUACAAGAUAUGUGUCUGUAAGCGGACGAUACGGAAAAUGAAAGGCAAUUUGUUGAGAGAUGUUUAGUUUGAACUCUAAAAUAUGUUAAAAAAAAUAUCUCAAACUCUGGAUUUAUGUAUAUUAUUAUUGUAAUAGCUGCUCCACCUGUUCCUGGCAAUGAAGGUUUAGUUGGUGAAGGCAGUAUCUCAGUUGCAGUCUACAGAAGGAUUGAUCGUAGACUGACUUGACUGAAAAUAUCUCCAUGAGCAAGAAAUAAAAAUAUAGGUGAUGUUGGCGCUGUUUCAGAUAUAUCUACAUACAUUAAUAAGACAACUAAUAGAACUUACAACUUGUUAAAGAUCUAUAUUUGUUUAUAAUAUAUACUUAUUUGACGUAAUAAAGGCUCUAUCACUAAAUCAACACCUCUGUUAACGCUAUAACAAUCGAAUUAAAUUCUGAUAAAAGCGACCCCAGAGAAUAUAAUAGGUACAAAAGUCUUUUUAAGUUUCAGUCUGCAGACAGUGAAUCUUUAAAUAUUCACCUUCAGACUUUAGCUUGGUAGAAAAAAUCAGGUAGAAAUCUAAACAGUAAAUUAUACUAAGAAUGCUGAUCUAAAAUUUAAUAAUUGAACAGUUAUGGCGCCAAAAGGUAGUAAAUUUUUUAAAAUUAAAUGGUGAUAUUUCGUUUGCAUCUCAAACCUUACUAUCAUAAUAAUAAAGAUGUUUUUAUGUCAUGUACGUGGUGUGGUUACAGCACAUGUGUCUCCAGUAAGUGUGUUUUUUCCUGUCAGCUCCUGUUAUUCCCGAGUGACGUCCUGAACAGGCCGCUCGUGUCCUGAGACGUGCCCUAUUCAAGUGUCAUUCAGACAGUAACACGUUCCUUGGUUUUUUAUUUUGUGAAUUUUCACAAUUUUCCGCAACUGAUGCUGGAGCCACGCGAGUUGGACGGAGAAAGUUUAUUUUUAUAAUAAUAGCUAACCAUAUGCGAGACACGAGCACUUGUAACACAUCCACCUCAGGCACUCGGGAUUACUGAACUUCGUCAGGCGAAUGACCCUAGAGCCAUGGCGGAAUACGACCUCAUGGCGUACGACCACGACAUGUUCCAGGACCGAGGAGACGUCACCGACCUUCACGCUUACUACAUGACGCAGUUUAACCUGGAACUAGAAAACGGGAAAGGAAAGCCGAAAAGUGACGGCUUCAAGUUUGGAAUCGAAGAGAGCUUCGACUUCGAAGUUGUGGACAACUGGAACGGCUGGAACUGCAACACCAAAACAGACUUCGACAUCAUAGACGAAGUCAUCGACAACAACGUCAGCGAGCAAAAUAUCAAAGAGGUACUUCUAGACCUGGACACCAUUGAGUUUGAUGAUAACAGCUUCAAGUCAGCUUCUUGCGAAGGAAGUAAGAGAAGUGAAGCAAAUUAUGAAACGAACGACUACAUAGACGACGAGUGUCUCAUCGACGAGCUGUGCAGAGAGGAAGGAGAGUCGUGUCGUCUGACGCCAGACGUGUUUAGCGAUGACUGCACCAACAUCUUGAACAACGACACGCAGCUGCCAUCCAUAGAGACCGCCUUCUCUAAAAGAUACGGAGCUUUUAACAACUUGGACAGUUAUAACACACAAAAUGCUUACGAAGCGAACCCAUCUCAGAACACAAACACACCGACUGUCAGCAGUUUGGAACAUUACAGUUAUCCUAAUAACAUUCUUCACAACUUGGAUAAUCCAAAGAACUACGAGCUCCCGGACACACCGACAAGCUGCCAGGAUUUUAAUUUUGACAGAAAUAUUAGAAAAGUAUCGAUAUCAGAUUCUAUCGAGAGUGACGUCCAGAGCGCCGGUUAUUAUGACGACAACUCAGAAAACUUAGACGAAGACGACCUGUUCAUAAACCUCGAUGACUUCGGAAUCGCCUUUGAAACGGAGAAUGAAGGAAACAACUGCGAAAAGAGCCAUCACGCCGAGAAAAGAAAUGACAAAGACAAAACUCAAGGCGAAAGGGUUUGUUUAUGGGAGCACUGUUUUGAAAGAUAUCCAAAUCAAAACACACUCGUGGAGCACAUAGAGCGCGCACACGUCAACACUUACAAAGGUGACGAGUUCAGUUGUUUGUGGCGGGACUGUGCGCGCGGUCGCCGUCCGUUCAACGCGCGUUACAAGCUACUCAUACAUAUGAGAGUACACUCGGGACACAAACCCAAUAGAUGUCAUCAUCCCGGCUGCGGCAAAGCGUUCUCUCGCCUGGAAAACCUUAAGAUCCACGUGAGAUCCCACACGGGCGAGCGACCCUACGCCUGUCCCGCUCCUCACUGCAGGAAGGCCUUCUCUAAUUCCUCAGACCGAGCCAAGCAUCAGCGAACUCACUUUAAUGCCAGACCGUAUGCGUGCGGCGCUGCAGGCUGUAACAAGCGCUACACGGACCCCUCCUCGCUGCGGAAGCACGUCAAGUCCCACCCGCAUGCACCCCCUCGCGCGCGCCUCCCCCCGGCCAGGCCUCCUCCUCACGAGGAACAGCUUGUGCCGAGUUCACCCGCCAAACUCGACACACUCAGAUGUAUCAGAGACAAACUCACCGUUCCCCGACUACGGAACAUGUAGGAACAUCAUGACAUGAUGAAACGGAAUAAAGACGGUAUUAUUUGUAACGACGACAAGAGGAAAGCUGAUGUUUAUGAAUGCUCUCAAUGGUUAUAGUAGAGAGAGCUUUCACGAUAUUGGAUUUUUAUAUAUUCGUAUAGUAGGGUUUAUUAAUGUUUAAGGCUGUAGAUACUCUUGCUCAAUCCAAAGACUGUCUUCCACAGGCUCAAGUAGUUUAAGAUGUUUUAUACACAGUAUCAUGUUCUAAACACGAUACACUCGGUUGGAGGGACGGGGUUCAUAGGGACCAGUUCAUAGUUCAUAUUGUUACGGAUGAAAGUGCACUAAUGUGUACUCUAGUUAUAUGAAUUAUAUUUUACUGUUUAUACAGAGCGCUAGUGUUUUCUAGCAAUUUUGUGUAUAACACAAAGCUUUUGUUAAUUUAUUUGUUUUAUGAACAAUAUUAUAAAAUAGUUUGUUUCUAUUGUUGUUCUAGUAACACCUAUAUUUGCUCAAUAGUUUAGAAGUGUUUUAAAUACAAUAUUACGAUUGUUUAGUUAUAUUUUGUUUAUUGUACAUUUAUAUUUAAUAUGAAUUAUCAUUUAGAGGGAUUGUUCUUGUCACAUGAUAUGUGUCAUAGAAAUAUUAUUAUUUUAUAUUGACGAACAUGGCAACGGAUCUUAAAUUGUCUUCCAAGUCUAUUUUUAUAUAUCCUAAGUAUAAAACCAAAUAAAAAUAUUUUUAUUUAGCUUGUAAUGAUCCACGUACUUAUGAAUUGUCACAAUUUUUAGUUUUAAUAAAAUCAUUGAGACAAUGUACAAAGUUGGAUGCUUUCCAAAGAAUCUCUUUCGUUAGAUUAGUUUUUAAGAAUGUUCCAUGUCAGAUCUCGAUUGACUUAUGAUAGUUUAAGGUGAAUGUGUUGACACUGUGUCCACAGUAUUUUAAUACUUUGAUACAUUCUUAAUAAAUUCU